AUGUCGUCGACCGGAGCAGCAGUGACUAAGAGCAAAGAUGGUGUUCCGCAGUGGUCGGGGGAGCCUUCGACCUUCACGGAGUAUGAGGAGCAGUGCCUGUUGUAUGAGCAAAGUGUGCCUUACCAUAAAAGGUACAUGGUGGGUCCCCGACUCAUUGGGGAGCUGCAGGGGCCAGCCAAGCGCUUGGUUCUGGGAAAGCGGCCAGAUUGGGUGAGCUACCCUGGAGGGGUUCAGGAGCUUCUGAACACACUCAGGGCGAGCUUGGGACCCCCACAAGUCUCAGAGUUGGCAGAUUACCUCACCCGAUACUUCCGCCAGACAAGGAGGAAGAGCCAGGAGACGAUGUCCGAUUACAUCACGAGGAAGUGUGAGGUGUAUCUACGUGCACAACAAGCUCUACGUCGGGUGCUACCACAUCAAGCCAAGACGGAGAGGCCCCGGUGGAGCACCGGAAGGGCUAUGCCGUGGAGCUGGAGCCGACGGGGAAGCGUGGACUCCACCGGCAGCUUGGCCCCCCGGUCCGCAGCCCCGGUUUCCGAGCCAGGAUCGGAGGCCGCGGAGCCUCACGACAACUCCGAGGCACAGGAGCCAUCCGAGGAAGGCACGAGUUGGAGCUGGCAUGGAUGGGGUGGCGGCUGGUCUUGGGCAGGAGAACCGUGGGGAACAGAAUGGAACUGGCAGCCAGACUACCAGUACUCCACCUACGGAAGUGAAACAUCGUGGACGACUCUCCAAGACAGCUCAACGACACCGGCAGAGAUUCUACCAGACUUCAUCCAAGGAUGGUUUCUCCUCUUCGACAGCGGCCUCAACUCCACCGAGCGGAACCUGAUCCACACGGCGGUGCAGGGGAACUACGCGCUACAGAAUGUGGCCCGUGAACUACGGGCGCAGUGGGAUGAGCACAACCUACGUCAACGAGAUGGGCACCGUACACAGACGGGCUACCUCGGGGAAAUGGACGAGGACAUUGAGGAUUCAGAGGUGGAAUUCCAGCAGGGUUACCACGCGGAGGACUUGAACGAAGAGGGCCAGGCCUUAGUGGCCGAGGCUGAGGAGGAGGCCCAGCAGGCGCUCGCCAUCCUCCAGAAUGCCAAGAGGACACUAAAAGAGGCCAGAUCUAAGCAACACCAAGUGAAGAUGUCCCGCCAGUACUUCAAGACCUCCAACAACAGCUUCCGACCCGGCGGAGCUCCUCGGACAUCCUCGACGUUCGGUUCGGCCCCGCGGACAUGGACCCCCAAUGACGCCCACAUGCAGUGCUUGAAAUGUGGAAAGACCGGCCAUCGGGCAGCCAAUUGCCCCCAGAAGGAGCAGCACGCCAAGAUGUCAGAUGAGAGCGCCGAGUCCGCCCCGUUCAUCUGCUUUGGAGAGACCUCAGUGGUCAGUGAGGCCCAAGAAGCAGCACUUUCGGCCCACGAGUGGAGCGAGAUGGACAUGACUACGGACGAGGCCAUGCGCCGCGGAUGGUGUGUGGUAGACGGCGGCGCCACCAAGACCUUGGGGAGCGUGCGAGCAGUCCAGAGCGUUUUGGACUGCAACCAGGCCGAAGACGGGAACACGAAGCUCCUGGGCGUGGAUACAAGCCGGCAGCCGACAUUCUCUUUCGGGAAUAGUUCUGAGAACAGGUGUGUGUCAACGGUGGAAGUUGGCAUUCGAGCAGGUUCCAAGGACGGCCGCCUCACCAUCCACGCUCUGGACCAAGGGUCCGGACCAAUCCUCCUGAGUGUGGCCUCAUUGCGAGCACUGGGAGCCAUCAUCGACUUCAGCAACGACCUUAUCGUGUUCCGGGCGAUUGACCCAUGCCGUGUGAUCAAGGCUCAACGCUCUCAGAGCGGACAUCAACUUUUGCCACUGAGUGGCGACAUGUACGCACAGUCGGAGGUGGCCAAUUGCGCCAUCCCGGAUUUGAAGUUGAGAUUCCGAAACAGCAUGUCGAUCAACAACAUGAAGAAGCAGGAGCUCCAGGAGCUUCUACGCAAGAAGGGCGAGGCGCCGCCAGAGCGAUGGACCAAGCUGGAGCUACGCCAGCGCUUGAUCGAGCUGGAUCCAAAGCUGGAGGAGGCCUCCUCCUCGAAGAAGAAGGAGACAGAGCUGCAGCAGUGGGUGCACAAGAUCAACAAAGCCAGCACCCGCAAGAGCCACCUGGUGGCCCUGUGCGAGACAGAGAUGGCUCUGCCCCUAAAGGGAACGGAGACGGUGGCCCAGAUGGAACGGCUGGCCCUGCAGCACGCCUAUCGUGUGGCUACGCCGGCCGCUGCGGAUGUUGUGGGGUUCGGGAAGUUCUCCACGCUGGAGUACCAGGACAUCAACCGCUACCAGCCGGGCUACCGCGAGUGGAUCCUCAAGACCGACGCCGAAAGCACCGAGUGCGAUUUCAGGCUCAAGCGCCUGGCGAUGUGGCUACGGGCCAAUCCGCCGAUGUCCAAGGACAAGAGCAUCGAGGACCUCUUGACGGAGAAUCACAAGAGUGUGUCCAUGGCGGGGAUCGAGAACCAGAGCGCUACGAGUUCCACGGCGCCGACCGAGAAGGGCCAGAUCAUGCAAGUGCUACAACAACUGGCUGGGGCAGUCCAGACUCUCCAGGAGGAAGUGACCGAGAUGAAGGAAGAGCGACCUCGCCGCAAGGAGAGCCGCAAGCCGCACUCCGACGCCACAUCGGAGGGCUACCAGAAGGUCGAGCCCCAGUGA